CCGCCGAACUACGGUGUUUAAAAGUACCUGUUGUCGCUUCCAUCGAUCAGUAGGCGGUGGACGUUGGAAGCUGAUGUAUGUUGAGGGCAAGUGCAGGUUGCAAUAACAGAGGCAACUAACCCUGCCACAAUAAGAUGGCAGCCUCACAGACAAGUUUGUCUGCAAGUGUAUCAACAGCAAAAACUGAUCAAUCUGAGGAUAAUGAGGCUAAGGAAGAUCAGAAAACAACCACUCAAAGUGCUGAAACAAAAGGCUCAGAAUCUACAUAUCACGAAAACCCUAACCAGGAGUCAAAGAAUGGCAAUACACUGGCAAACAAAGAAACUGGGCUAGAAGAAAAAUUGACCAGUGAAGACAAUAAGGAGACUACAAAGUUAGGUGAAAUGGAAUCUAAGUCACUAUCAGAAGUUCAUGGUACUAAAGCCAGUACAGAUCUUGACAGUGAUGACAGAAAGUUAGUAGGUGAUAACGAUAGCAAAACAAAAUUAGUUGGAGGCGGUGAAACUAUAAAACAAGCUGAAAGUUCAGAAAGUAAGACAGCCCUCAGCUUAGAGACCACAAAGGAUGACAGUGAGGAAGCAUCUGUAUCAGCAAGGAAUAUAGAAAGCAAGGAGACAGAGGAUGAUACAAAGAAGAUCCCGGAUGACAAACAUUCAGAAAAGGAGGUGGGCGAAGAUCCCAAAGACAGCCCAGCAGGGAUUUCAGAUGGUAGGGCAGAGAGAACUGUUGGAGCAGAAAAGAGUUCUGAAACCCCAGGAGAUAAAGGGGGAGAGGAUACUGCACGUAGUAAAGAUGAUGGAAUAAAGAGUGACAUACAGAAUGUCGCUGCAGACAAAGACGCAGUUAGCAAAGAUGCAGGGGUAGCUGUAGGAACUGAAAGUCAAAUCACGGAAACUCCAGAGAAUAAGGGAGCUGAUAAUGUUGUGGGUAUGGCAGAUGACAAAGAUGAGGUGUGUGCAAAGAAAAGCGACGACACAUCUGCAGCUGAUAAUAAAGCCAGUGAACAGACAAAAGAGGACAAGAAUGAACCUGGCAAGGAGCCUGAUGCAGAGCCAGAAGAACCCCUUGUACCUAAAAUUCCAAAUGGUGUUGCUUCCAAAGGUAAAGGCAGACGCAAAGGGACUCCAAAGAGAGCAGUACCAGAUGAUACACCCGAACCAUCUACAUCAUCUGCUGAAACAAAAGCUACACGAACACAACCAGCUAAGAAGGAAACUGCACAGCCAUCAUCUAAAAAGCGAAAGGCACCAGAAGAACAACGUGCGCAACCGACAAGGCGCAGCAAACGCAGGAAGGUCCACGGCUGGGGAGCAAAGCGCAAAAGCAGAUCUCUUAGAGAUCAAUGAUAUGUGGAGGAGUCGAGUGCUCACGCAUCGGAUGACAGUGAGCCAACUGACAGUGAAAAGGACACUGAAACAACCUCAGAUGUAUCAUUGACUGGCACUUCUCAGAAAACCUUGUGAGAGCACUGGAUGUACUAAAUUUUAGGUUGCAACUGUGUCAGAUGGCUGAUAAAGAUGUGGAUGUUGUAAUUGGCAUUGGGUAAGUGGUGAACCAAUAUGAAUGGGUAUGGCGGGACUAAAAAGUGAAACUGAACUGAAGCCACAAAGGAAGCUUCUGAAGAAAGCAGAGUAUCAAACCAUGUCUUUAGUAUUUACAUUUCAAUGUUCUGAAGAUUUAUUUGUGUACUGUGAAGAAAGUUGUGUCUGAAGAUGGCUGGUGACACUUUAGCCAGAGGUUCCACAGUUUUGUUUGAAUUUUAUGAAAGUUACAUAAUAUUUUUUCUGUCUGAAGAUGACAGGUAGAGAGAAUCGGUGACGAUGACAGGUAGAUACAUUCGGUGAUAACUUCUUAUAUGCAAAUAUUUACUAUACUUCCUGGGUGGCAGUAAACUGACUGUGUACAGGGCGUAACUAAAUUCCCUUUCCAGACUUUACACUAAAAAGUCUAGUAUACAUGGGCUCUAAGAUACAUACUUUACUAUGAACACUUUUUCAUUUUCAAUACUAUGAAAAAUGUCUCUGAAUGGACCAGAACAUUAGAAAACAAUUUCAGCCAACAUGGAUUGUAAAAUGCAUACUGUAAGAGCUAUGUGCACACUUUUUCAUCUUCACUACUGUGAAACAUUUCUUCUAUUGAACAAGUGCCCACAGCUCUUAAUAUGCAUGAUAGAGCCCAUGUUUACUCGACUUUAUUAUUUUGGUAUAAGGAACCUUUCCUCGAGGACUGUAAAGGGAAUUUAGUUACACCCUGUAUAUUUUUUACCCCUCUUUUAUUUGUCUUGCUAUGUCUCAUUUGGCCCAUAGUCAUCAAUAACUUAAUUGCCUAACUUUUGAAUAGCUGAGCUACAGCCUUCCAUUUCAUUGGUCAGUCAAGUCAUCUGUCACCUGGUAAGUAUAAAUUUGGAUCAUAUUUAUAUAGUUGAAUGUUUUCAUUUGAUUUCACUAACAAUAGAUUUAUGGAAGACGAACAUUAUUGAUGUAUCUGUAAUGCUGUUAAGAACUACAGCUAAUUUAUCAAUAUAUUGAAUGUUGUAAUUGGAAAAUUGUGAAGAUAUAUGUGCAAAAUAUAAAGAAAUUAUAUCUGUGUGUAUAAUGCUGACAAGUAUAGCAGCCACUCCAUGUAUUUAAAUGUUUUAAUGUGAAUUUUGUGAGAAUGUAACUGUGAAGUAGUCAAAACUCCAGCUGUUUCUGCACAUUUGUUUGUGUCACUUUUGAAAGACUGUUUUACUGUUCUAUAAGAGCAUCAAGUUUAGUUACAUAGCCAUGCAUUAUUGUGACAGAUAUGAAAAUCACCAUUUCAGUGUAACAACAUUGAAGAAUUGAAUGUCUUACAGUUGUACAAAAAUGUACGUAAUAUCUGUGGGUAAGAAAUUUGUUGUCAGCUGUGACUAACUAACAUAAUAAUGCAGCCAUCAUUUGAGUUCAAGACAGUAAGGAAAUGAAAUAUUACUUUAAGAGUAUAGUUCUUUGCAGCAGCAGGAUAUAAUUUGGCCUGCUGAAAUGUAAUCACCAGGCGAUGAAGUUGGUCGCUAGAGAUGGACAAAUAUGAUGCAGCAGAAACUCAAGGUGAAGCAUUUAUUUGUGAAGUAUUACUUGAUUAGUAACCAACGGCAUUGCUUCGCUGGCGCGACUGGUUCCCGCCCCAGUGACCAGCAAGCAACGUUGCCCCCUGUCAGUACCUGGAUGGGUGACUGUUAUCCCCCCCCCCCCCCUCCAUUUAGUGGCUGGCAGCCAAUUCCAAAUUCCUAAUAAGUAAAGUGUUACCAAUUGUGAUAUAGUUAUUAAAAUUAUUUGUGUGACCAAAUGAUGUUUACUGAAGUAUCAGAUUUGUCCUCUCAAUUUUGGAUUUCUCUGUAAGGGAAAGGCUUGGUACUAAUCUGAUGGUGAAUAUCCCAUGAAAACUGUUUUGUGUUGGAACUUUAUACUUCAGGACGUUAUAUGUACUUUGCUUCCCCUGAACUACUUAAUCUCAUUGAUUUAUUUUUUCACAUGGCAUCUGAUUCACUUUAAGACCACAUCAUGUUGUAGAGCUCUGCCAAAUGUGAUGUCACUUAUGGGCUGGUAGGUGGAACCUUAAGCAACUGGUGUGGUACAACAAAGCAAGGGAGUAGUGUUUUCAUUUAUAAAUUCUCACCUGAUUUCAUUUUAAUUACAGCAAAGUUAAGAUUUUACAGGUUUCUCAGAUGUCUACUGUAGUGAAUGACCAAUUCAUUGUUUAUUGUAUUCUGUGUUCAAAAAGGAGCUUUUAGAAGAUAUUCAUUAUUUCUGUCACGAUUGAUUGGUGGUGUUAAUGUCAAAGGUGCUUCAGAGAACAACUUUUGUAAACAAUGACUGUUUUAUUAAAUGGGCAUUGAAGGUUUUGAAGAACUAACUGUUGUUUGAGAAGAUAAAACCAUGCAUUCAUUGUGAAUUCAUUAGUUGUAUUUGAAGCAAAAGAAUCUGCUUUCAUUGGAAUGAUGAUUGAGAAGAUGCAAGAAUGUGGGUGGUGAAAUGAUAAUCAUUAUAAAAAAAAACAACACAUUUGCUACACAGUCCUUGGCUGAUGUCAGACUGCAAAUACAGAAAGUUAUUAGCAGAAAGAAAAUACAAAUUUGAAUCGUAAAGCUAUUUUUUUAAAAAAUAAUUCUAACUGUACACUGAAAGCAAGCUAAUUCCUGGAGUAACUAUUGUGAAACAUUUAUAUAUGAUGAUUUUCACAACUUACUUUUCCUUAAUUGCUUUGAAUACCAAUUUCACUUUAUUUCACAAGUCUUAAAAUUAGAGUUUAAUUGUAUAUUUUUUUAUGGCAAAAAUAGAUUAUAAAUUACUCAUUACAAUGUGUCAGUGAUGGAGAUGCCAGCUGAAACUCUUUCAAAAGGUGAUACUCGAUACAUAACUUUCCAGGUAGAACAAGCACAGCAAGCAACCACUAUAACCUGUAUGUAUCACAUAUUGAUUGUGUGUUUUGUCUCGUAGCAGAAAUGGUCUGUCUCGGUGUUAAAUGUUUAAGAUAAAUACCAUUUAAGUUGCUUACAAAAUUGGUGUAUGCUAUUCCUAUGUUCAUAAUUUUGAUAUAUGUGAAAUAAACUAUAAAUGUAA